AAUUUCAUAUUGUUUGAAACUUAACUGUACUUUUGACUGUUUGGGUUAUGUGUUUGUCCAAUUUGUUUAGUCACUUGUUUACAUCGGUUUUUUAAUUCGUUUUAUAAAGAAAUCCCACUAGUGUGGAAAUCUGUAACAAGGAAAUUUCCAAAUUUGUUGUGCUGCCUUUUGCCAUUUAGUUGUAUUUAUUUAUUAUUGGUGUUCAUUUAAGAAAGUAAAAUGCCUAUUGAAAAUCUUGAAGCCGAAAGCUUAGAAAAGAAUCCAAAUUUGGAGUUAGCACAGAUGAAAUUUUUACUUUCCUCUGUCGAAUUUCAAGGAGAUGAAAGUUUAAAAAAUCGACUUCUGGAAGCUAUUAAAUUAAACAAUAUGGCUCCUUUCUAUGAAGAAGUCUGCAAAGAUCUAUCUUGGCCUGUUGAUACAGUUCUUCUAGAGAGUAUGAAAAAAGUGAAUGAAACUGAACUAAAGAAGUUAGAUGACGCUAUCGAAGAUGCUGAAAAAAAUUUAGGUGAAAUGGAAGUGAGGGAAGCUUUUCUUAAUAAGGCAGAAUACUUAAGUAAAAUUGGAUCAAAGGAUGCAGCAUUGGCAGUUUUUCGAAAAACACAAGACAAGACAGUUUCCCUUGGUCACCGAUUAGAUCUUCUUUUUCAUAUCAUAAGAAUUGGAUUAUUUUAUGUGGAUCAUGAUCUGAUUACUCGUAAUAUUGAAAAAGCAAAAAGCUUGAUUGAAGAAGGUGGAGAUUGGGAUCGUAGAAAUCGGUUGAAAGUUUAUCAAGGAGUAUAUUGCAUGGCAAUUAGAGAUUUUAAAAAUGCUGCAAAUUUUUUCUUGGAUACUGUCUCGACAUUUACCAGUUAUGAGCUGAUGGAUUACAAAACUUUUGUUACUUAUACUGUUAUAUGCAGUAUGAUAUCGCUGGCAAGAAUAGAUCUCAGGGAAAAGGUUGUAAAGGGUUCUGAAAUUCUUGAGGUUCUUCAUAGUGCUUCAGAUAUUCGUGAAUAUCUAUUUUCCCUCUACAAUUGCCAGUAUGCUGAGUUCUUCCAGAAGUUAGCCUUGGUUGAGAAAAUGCUUAAACAAGAUCGUCUGUUGGCACCUCAUUUUCGGUAUUACGUCCGAGAGAUGAGAAUUAUGGCAUACACUCAACUACUGGAAUCUUAUAGAAGUUUAACCUUACAAUAUAUGGCUGAUGCAUUUGGAGUUACUACUUUUUUUAUAGACAAAGAAUUGUCAAGAUUUAUAGCAGCUGGAAGAUUGCACUGCAAAAUAGAUAAAGUUGGUGGGAUUGUUGAAACAAACCGGCCUGAUAGUAAAAACUAUCAAUACCAGGCUUGCAUCAAGCAAGGAGACAUUCUUCUGAACAGAGUUCAAAAACUGAGCAGAGUCAUAAACAUUUAACUUUUCACUGUCUGUAUUUUUAUGUGAGCUUAAUAAAAUAUGUAUUCACAAAUGA